CAUGGUUAGGUGAAACUUUGACAAGUGUUGCAUCAUAAGGAUAAAACUUCCUUUGAGAUCUUUAUAUAUACACAAACCGUAACUCACUUUGUAACGACGCAUUAAUCAUUUUCUUCACAAACCGAAGCAUAUACUUUCGACCGCUGGAAAAAUGCCACUCGCCGAAUCCUCACCGGCCGGGAAAACCGUGUGCGUCACCGGAGCUGGUGGAUACAUAGCUUCUUGGAUUGUUAAGUUACUCCUCGAGAGAGGCUACACCGUCAAAGGAACCGUACGGAAUCCAGAUGAUCCAAAGAAUACACAUUUGAGAGAACUCGAAGGAGCCAAGGAGAGACUGAUUCUGUGCAAGGCAGAUCUUCAGGACUACGAGGCUCUUAAAACGGCGAUUGAUGGCUGCGACGGCGUGUUUCACACGGCUUCUCCGGUCACUGACGAUCCCGAGCAAAUGGUGGAACCUGCCGUGAACGGAGCCAAGUUCGUAAUUAAUGCGGCUGCUGAAGCAAAGGUCAAGCGCGUGGUCAUCACCUCCUCAAUUGGUGCCGUCUACAUGGACCCGAACCGUGACCCUGAAGCCGUCGUUGACGAAAGUUGUUGGAGUGAUCUUGAGUUUUGCAAAAACACAAAGAACUGGUAUUGUUACGGCAAGAUGGUGGCGGAGCAAGCCGCGUGGGAGACGGCGAAGGAGAAAGGUGUUGACCUGGUGGUUUUGAAUCCGGUGCUGGUUCUUGGACCGCCGUUACAGCCGACGAUCAACGCCAGUCUCUUCCAUGUCCUCAAGUACCUAACCGGGUCAGCUAAGACUUAUGCUAAUUUGACUCAGGCUUAUGUGGAUGUUCGCGAUGUCGCGCUGGCUCAUGUACUGGUCUACGAGGCACCCACGGCCUCUGGACGUUAUCUCCUCGCCGAAAGCGCCCUUCACCGAGGCGAAGUUGUUGAGAUUCUGGCUAAGUUAUUCCCGGAGUACCCACUUCCAACCAAAGUUUCGGAGCGCCAUAGCAUUGGAGACAUUUUCACAUCUCAUUGCCCUCAUAGAUGCUGAUAAGAGCUUCUCCGGGUUGACAUUCAAGUCAAGGUUUCUGCGGUCCAUCUCUCUUUCUCCAUAGUCAAACACCAGACCCUUUCCUCUGUUGAGAUCAGCAGUGACUACAGGCAAUGGCUCCAGACUCAAAACAGUCUUUUGAGUGAUCGGAUCAGCCUCCGCUUCACGGACUGUUUUCUUGAUCUUUUCAAUCUUUAAGGCGAUAUCUUCACCAGUAUCUGCGACAAUGUACUUCCUCAUCUCUUCAAGAACCACAGUGGCAAUCUUCGGUCUCCCAGUUAAGGGGUUUACACCAACUUGAGACUCUUCUAAAACACCCCUUAGAGGGUCAUCUGUAGACAAGACAGGGUCCAUCCUUUUUUUUUCUGCAAUGAUACGGUUUCUUCUUAGCUGGGCUUCUUCCUGUCUCUGUCUGACCUCUAAAGGACAAAUUUUUUUCUCAUGAUUGAGCCUUUGGCAGGUGAAGCACCUUUUCUGGAUAUUUUCAUAGUUAAAGUGUAUUGUUGCAGAUUUUCCUUCGCCCAAGUCAACCAGUCACACAACCGUAUAUCAGGGUUCAGGUUAUCUUCAAUGUGGCGCACCCCCUGAGGAUGU